CUCUCUUUUCUCGUUGCAACAAUGGGUCCUCCUCGUGGCCGUAGUGGUGGAUUCGGUGGCCGUAGCGGUGGAUUCAGGGGCAGAGGUGAUGGAGGAGGAAGAGGCAGAGGAGGAGGAAGGUUUGGUGACAGAGGAAGUGCCAUGAAAGUGCGUGGCGGAGGACGUGGUGGCCGUGGUUUUGGUGGUGGUGGUGGUGGAAGAGGCCGAGGUGGUGGUGGAGGAGGUAGAGGUGGUGGAAUGAAAGGUGGAAGUAAGGUGGUGAUUGAGCCUCAUAGGCAUGAAGGUGUGUUCUUUUCUAAGGGUAAAGACGAUGCUAUUCUUACUAAGAAUUUGGUCCCUGGUGAAGCUGUCUACAACGAGAAACGGAUCUCUGUCCAGAAUGAAGAUGGAACAAAAGUUGAAUACAGGGUUUGGAACCCAUUUCGUUCAAAGCUUGCUUCUGCCAUUCUUGGUGGGGUUGAUAAUAUAUGGAUUAAACCUGGUGCGCGGGUACUUUACCUUGGGGCUGCUUCUGGAACCACAGUCUCUCACGUGUCUGACAUUAUUGGCCCUACUGGAGUGGUUUAUGCAGUGGAGUUUUCUCAUAGAAGUGGUAGAGAUUUGGUUAACAUGGCAAAGAAGCGUACUAAUGUUAUCCCAAUCAUUGAAGAUGCUAGACAUCCUUCCAAGUAUCGAAUGCUGGUUGGCAUGGUGGAUGUGAUAUUUUCUGAUGUUGCUCAACCGGAUCAGGCAAGGAUUCUAGCUUUGAAUGCAUCAUAUUUUCUGAAAGCUGAAGGUCAUUUUGUAAUUUCCAUCAAGGCUAAUUGCAUAGAUUCCACACAGCCUGCUGUGGCCGUAUUUGACAGUGAAGUGAAUAAGCUAAAGCAGGAUCAGUUCAGGCCAGCUGAACAAGUUACUCUUGAACCUUAUGAGCGUGAUCAUGCUUGUGUGGUUGGUGGCUACCGUGUCCCCAAAAAAUCAAAACCUGCAUCCUAGAAUAAUGUAGACCAUCUAAUGUUAAUGCUUAUUUU